AUUUGAUGGACUGCGAGAGAGACACUUGCGAAAGUAUGCGUAUCGGGAGAGUGCGGCAAUCAAUUCAAUUUAAUAAAGGUGCUCGAAACUGGUGGUAAACACGGCAAAUUACGUAAAAUCCCAUACAAGUGGUUGCUGCUCCAGUAUUCCCAAUAAUAAGUGUGCCUACAGUAAUAACAAUAAUCUAGAUUCCAAGGCGUGUAUCACCUGGCCAAAAAGAAUGUCGCGCAUUGAAUCCAACGAAACACCGCUACAACAGCCCAAGCACCAACAAUUCGCGCUGCUGCCAAAGAUCAUCAACGGUGGAAUUGCUGGCAUUAUCGGUGUGACAUGUGUCUUCCCACUGGAUUUGGUCAAGACGAGGCUGCAGAAUCAACAAGUCGGACCAAAUGGCGAACGCAUGUACAACAGCAUGUUCGAUUGCUUCCGCAAGACGUACAAGGCUGAAGGAUACUUUGGCAUGUACCGCGGCUCUGGUGUUAACAUCCUGCUGAUCACACCUGAGAAGGCGAUCAAAUUGACCGCCAACGACUACUUCCGCCACAAGCUGACCACCAAGGAUGGCAAACUUCCGCUCACCAGUCAAAUGGUCGCUGGAGGUCUGGCAGGUGCCUUCCAGAUAAUCGUCACCACGCCCAUGGAGCUGCUGAAGAUCCAGAUGCAGGAUGCCGGCCGAGUGGCAGCGGCAGCCAAAUUGGCUGGCAAGACGGUGGAGAAGGUGUCGGCCACCCAGUUGGCCACUCAGCUCAUCCGGGACAAGGGAAUUCUGGGUCUGUACAAGGGUAUCGGAGCCACUGGACUGCGGGAUGUCACUUUCUCCAUCAUCUACUUCCCACUAUUCGCUACACUCAAUGACUUGGGUCCCAGGCGCAAUGACGGAUCUGGAGAGGCGGUAUUCUGGUGUUCCUUCCUUGCGGGUUUGGCGGCGGGUUCUACGGCUGCCCUUGCUGUCAAUCCAUUUGAUGUGGUUAAGACGCGGCUGCAGGCGAUUAAGAAGGCCGACGGCGAGAAGGAGUUCAAAGGCAUAUCCGAUUGCAUCACUAAGACACUGAAGCACGAGGGACCCACUGCUUUCUUCAAGGGCGGCUUGUGCCGAAUGAUUGUGAUUGCUCCUCUGUUUGGAAUUGCCCAGACUGUCUACUAUCUGGGCGUGGCUGAGGGUCUGCUGGGCUAUCAGAAAAAGUAGAGAAAGAGUGUCAAGACAAAAGCAUUUUAAGUUUACUCUCUGAAUAUUGAAUGUAUGUAUAUCGUGUUUAAAUGUUGUUAAAGCUGUCCAUGAACGUAAUCGUGAUGUGUCUAAAGUAAGCUAAAGUAAUCGAGCGGUGCGCUAGCCAGUCAAGUACCAAAUGCAGUUGUUAAAGUUUUCCCCCGUACCAUAUAUCAAAGUAUGUAUUUAGACCAUGGCAGAAGACAACCGAUGCUCCAAUGACAAUAAGAUAUAUCAGAAUCAACGCUAAUACAUAAUAUGUAAAUGUUUUUGUUUUAUAUCAUAGUUUAUAAUUGUUGUGUUCGGUUAACACUCUCUAUUUACUCUUGCUUCCUGAGCAAUUCGCAGCUAGCCAUGAACAUUUGCCUCAAAUUGUAUUAGUAAUGCAUUUUCCUUAGCCGCGAGGCGAAAGUUUAACUUUUAGUAGCAUUCAAGAACAUGACUGUAGCAAAUUGUAUGCUUUAUGAAAACCGUCAAAAAGUGAACAAACGAAAUAAAUUCUGAAUUAUGUAAAUUCGA